UCAAAACUCAUUUUAAAUUUACAAAAACAUUUUAUGUUUUGUAUGUCAAAAGCUGAAAGCCUCUCUCCUGACACCCAGUCAUGCUGGGACAUCCAAUGGGAGGGACUAAAGCGUACAUCACCUAAGGGGAAUAGUCGAACUAACAACACUCUCUGGAAUACGGUGAAAGACGAUCUUCAUCCUGAAUGUAUGUUCGUCCUAUUCUCUCGCAUUGUGGACUAUCUGAGUGUGCCGAGCCGUGGCUGCAUUUUGAAGUGAGAAGCAGCUGCCACUUGCAACAACUGUGCAAUGGCCAGUCCUGAGGUUGUGAUCGAGCCAGCGGCUCAGAGCUUGACAGUGCAGAACCUGGGCAGAAGGCGCUUCUCGCAUGACUUCCACAGUCUGAGUCCAGAUGAGUUGGAUGGCCUCAUGUCCAGCAGUGAGGGUCGUCCUUUCCUGGUGGUGCAUCAUCUUCCUGAAAUAAAGGAGAAGGGUGUACCUUACUUAAUGCCUGGUGUCCCCAUUACAUGCAGAGUGGACAACACAGAGAAAUACACUACUCGAUCAAAGGUCCAUGUAGUCACCCUGUACACUGUGUGGCUAACACACGGUAAUUUCCACUGGACAGUAAAGAGGAAGUACAAGCACUUCCAGGACCUGCAUCGAGACCUUUACAGGCACAGGAUAAUGGUUAACUUUCUUCCUCUGGGAAGGUUUGCAAAGGAGAGGCAGCAGCUGAGAGCCAUGCCAGAGGAAAUGCCCAACCUGCAUGGGACUGAACGGACCAGAAGGACCUCUAGCAAAAUGAAACACCUUGAGGAGUACCUGAAUGGUCUACUGGAGAACACACUCUGUAGGAAUCAUCACAGCAUGUUGGAAUUCCUCUCUGUUGGUGCUCUCUCCUUUGUCACUGAUCUCGGACCCAAAGGCUUGGAGGGGCCCAUCUUCAAGAGAUCGGGGGGUCACCGGAUCCAAGGCCUGAACUGCUUUGGUCAUCAUCAGUUCUGUUUCCGCUGGUCACGCCGGUGGCUGGUGGUGAAAGACUCCUUCCUGAUGUACAUGAAUCGAGAUAACGGCUGCAUCAACUUUGUGCUGCUGUUUGACCCAGAGUUCAAAGUGAAAGUAGGCCGUGCGUACACAGACACUAAACAUGGAGUCUGCAUCGAGAACUUCACUCGGAGUCUGAUCAUCAAAUGCAGCAGUUAUAGACAAACUCACUGGUGGAGUCAUGAAAUUACCCGGCUGGCAGAAUCCUGUGACUUUCUCAAAGUGCAACGCUUCGAGGGGUUUGCUCCACCACGCGAGAACACACUCACUAAAUGGUAUGUGAAUGGAAGUGGCUACUUUGCGGACCUGGCUGAUGCUCUCGAACAAGCCAAGGAGGAAAUCUUCAUCACAGAUUGGUGGCUCAGCCCUGAAGUGUUCCUAAAGAGACCAGCAACUGAUAACUACUGGCGCCUUGAUGAGAUCCUCAAACGCAAAGCAGAACAAGGAGUCAAAGUGUGUGUUCAGCUGUACAAAGAGGUAGGGAUGGCACUUGGCAUCAAUAGUGAGCACAGCAAGAGGACCCUUAUGAAUAUGCACCCAAACAUCAAGGUCAUGCGACACCCCGACCACGUGUCGGCUCUGACGUUUCUGUGGGCUCACCAUGAAAAGAUGGUGGCCAUUGACCAAACAGUAGCCUUUGUUGGAGGGUUAGACCUGGCUUUUGGGAGGUGGGAUGACAGUCAGUACCGGCUAACUGACCUGGGUUUGACAGAGACGUCCAUCAGUGUGACUGAGGAGGAACCAAAGGGAGAUACGGGAGACAAUGGUGUGGCUGAUGGUCCAAAACCAUCUGAACCAGAUAAGCAAGCAGAGCAGGACCCUGUUGGUCUCACUGGCAACACCAGACUGUGGCUUGGCAAAGACUACAGCAACUUCAUCAGGAAAGACUGGGUCCAGUUGGACAGACCGUUUGAAGAUAACAUCGACCGUACUCAAGUUCCUCGUAUGCCGUGGCGCGAUCUGUCUGCAGCUAUCCAUGGCCGGGCUGCCAGGGAUGUAGCCCGUCACUUCAUCCAGCGCUGGAAUUUCAGCAAGAUCUUCAAAAACAAGUACAAGGACGACUUCUACCCUUACCUUCUUCCCAAGUCUCAGUGUACUGCUGACUCACUCUCAUUCACUGUGCCUGGGUCUAAGAAAGCCAAAGUGCAGGUGUUGCGCUCUGCCGAUCGAUGGUCAGCCGGAACCUGUGAGAACUCGAUUCUGAAGGCCUACAUCCACACCAUCGAGAACAGCGAGCACUACAUCUACAUCGAGAACCAGUUCUUCAUCAGCUGUUCCGAUGGGAAGAUCGUCUAUAACGAGAUUGGUGAUGCAAUUGUGAAUCGAAUCCUGCGUGCACACAGAGAGCAAAAGAAGUACAGAGUGUUUGUGGUGAUUCCUCUGCUUCCUGGAUUCGAGGGAGACAUCAAUGCAGGCGGUGGAAAUGCCAUCCAAGCUAUUCUGCACUUCACUUACAGGACCAUGUGCCGAGGGGAACAGUCCAUCCUGUCAAGGCUUAGUGAAGUUGAAGACCAGUGGACCGAGUACAUCACAUUCUGUGGCCUGAGAACACAUUCCCAGCUCUCCCAGUCGCUUGUCACGGAGCUCAUCUAUGUCCACAGCAAGACUCUCAUUGCUGAUGACCGCUGCUAUAUCAUUGGAUCAGCCAACAUCAACGACCGCAGCAUGCUGGGCAGCAGAGAUAGUGAGCUGGCAGUGUUUGUGGAAGAUGAAGAGAGGGUCUCAUCCAUCAUGGGAGGGGAAGAGUACCAGGCAGGACCCCUCACACUUGCUCUGCGCAAAGAGUGUUUCAGUGUUCUUGUUGGAGCUUCUUCAGACCCCAGUAUCAAUGUUGAUGAUCCAAUCAGUGACGAGUUCUUCUUCUUGGUGUGGAAUGCGUGUGCUAAACUGAAUGCCACCAUUUAUGACAAGGUCUUCAAAUGCCUGCCCCACAACACUGUCCACAACACACGAGAGCUGAAGGAGUACACCAGCAAGGAAUGCCUCUGCAACACAGACCCCGAGCAGGCCAAAGAGGAGCUGAAGGCUGUCCGAGGGUUGCUGGUCCACUUCCCCCUGAAGUUCCUGUGUGAGGAGAACCUUCUGCCUCCACUGAGCACUAAAGAGGGCAUGGCUCCUAUAGAGGUGUGGACAUAACCACAACUCAGCCCAGUUCAUAACCACUACAUAACAGUUAAAGGGCUGCUGUACGACAUGCUCCUCCUUGUAGUUUCAGCUCAGCUAAUGUUUAGCACAAUACGUGAAAGUAGUUAUGACACUAGUGAGGAAAAGACACCACCUUAACACCUUAGAACAAUGUAUUUGUUAAUCACUGUUGUUUUUUAUAUUGUGUUUUUGACUGACGAUGGACUAAUCUGAACAUAACCACUGAAAUGAUGGUUGGAUGAUUGAUAAUCUCUUAGAGCUGUUUAUUAACCUUUGCAGACCAGUUUGUUCAUGAUGGCAGCAUCUGCUUCAUAACUUCUUCAGUGCAAGCUGAACUGCAGGGCUAGCAGUGGUGCAAAACACACAUAAAUGAAUGUAUGAGUCAGGAGAGGAUUGCAAGGUUGUAUUAGAAAUAAGCAUCUCACAUGAUCUAGGAACAUAGUGUACAUUUAUUGGUGCAAGGUUUUUGGGUGGGUGGGUGGCUGGCUCUUCUCUCUCUCUCUCUCUCUCUCUCUCUCUCUCUCUCUCUCUCUCUCUCUCUCUCUCUCAUUCUCACUCUCUUCCUCUGAGGCUUCACCUCUCACUGCAGUGCCAGCAAAUCUGUCAGAACAUUUGUGGUUGUUAUGGUGACGGAUAUAAAGAGAUGACUGGAUUGGAGCUGAAAUAAAGACAGGAUAGGGCAGAAAAGGGAGAGCACUGAUAAGAGGGGUAACUUGCUAAAUCAGGAUGUUGUACCGGAAAAUAGAAGGUAAUAUGUUGAAAGAGGAUCAACAAUAUCUAUGGAAGCAUUUAAUAUUCUUUGGAGAUGACAUGAUCAGGUGGAAGAGCUGAGAGAAGGAAAAGAAAGGAGGACAAGAUAAUUAAAGGGUGCUAGGUUGACUUACUGUUAAUUGUCACGUUUUUUAAGAGUCACCAUGACAACCAAGUGAAUUAUUAUUUCACCGUGUUGUCAGCAGUCCAGAACAGAACAUUCCACUAUCCACUCAGAUUUGAGAAAGCUGUGUAAAGCAGAGACAUGUAUUGUUUGACCACUGCAUUUCUCAGAUAUUUCCAUGUGAGCAAUGUUGUGUUCAGGUGUCUUGCAUGUCUGUCCAAUAUUAAUUUGCUCAGAAUAUACAUUUGUUCAGGUGUAUUACAUUUAGCCAUAAACACUGUAGGUGAGUAGUGACGUAGUGUGGUUUUCAUUCAUGGUGCAGUUCCCAGGGUUAGAGCAGUAUCAAGUCAUAUACGCAAUAUUAAGCUGCAAAAAAAUUUAUGUUUUUUUUUUUAAAUGUAAAAUCAUGUGUGUUGUUCUCUUGAAACCUGUUAAUUUCUUUUACUGAGCCAUGAGGAAUUGAGCAGCAUUUUUUGAGCAAUCAGGAAAAGUCUUUACUCUGGAUAUGUAUGUGGACAUGGAUGUGCUGCUCCUUUGAAAUAUUUCAUUGACUGAUUGGGAAAUGUAAUAAUUCAACAGAACAUACAGUAGAUACUGCCUUCCUCACAUAGAAAAACAGGACUGCAAUAACAAAAUGUAGUAAGCUUGUUUCAUCAGUUUUAAGACAUGGGUGAUAGAAAAGGAGUUUGACCAAGAUGAGGGGAAAAAACCUGAGACAGAAGGCCAGGCCAAAACAUUUUUACCUGUUUGGAGGUUUCUCACAUGGUACACAAAUUGGUUUUGUCGGUGCUUCUGUAGAGCACCUGUGCCCCAUAUGUGUUUUUAGAAAACAGUCAACAGAAGGAUAAACAAUAGAAUGUGAAGCUUGUGAAUGGAAAUUUAUGUUACAUAUUUUUAGCCUUUCUGAGGUGUCACUGUCAAACUUUCUAAUACAUGAUCCCUGAAUUUUAAAGAGAUCUCUGUUUUUACUGAU